GCUCAGCCGCUCAGAAGAGUCAGGGGCCAAUCUCCCCUGAUUCACUCAGCACCACCGCCACGAUUCGAUCUCACCAGAUAUGGAGGGGAGCGGCAGAGAACUCGUCGAUUAUGUUGAUCGUUCCCUGCAGGAGGAAGAGGAAUUUCACUUUCUCCGUUUCGAGUUCCUGCAGCGUCUCAACAUCGCCCAACUCCAGCUUGACCUCGUCCGACUCAAGAGCAACAUCAGACGCAGCAAUGUGCUCUCCAACGAGGACAAGCAAACUUUACACACGAAGUUGAGGGAUUACGCAACUGCCAUCCGCGAUUACAAAGAACUCCGGAACAAACGGAGCGUCCCCAAGAAGGAGAUGCGAAAGCGCAGGCUACUACUGCAGCGCUACUUUGCGUCCCACGGGCUCGGCGUCGACGACUUCCACUCGCACUACUCGUACUUCUCCGAAGACGUGGACGCCCAUGCCAAGAUCGAUCCGCUGCGGCAGGCGCUGAUGCGCCGUCUCCCUACGUGGUUCACCUUCUCCCAGCACGAGAAGGCCGAGCGCAAGAAAGAGUACAGCGAGGGCAAAAGACCCAAGGAGGUCUCGGCGCCCGUCGACAGGCUGGCCCGCUUUCUGAUCGCCUUCACCGGCGGUAGCUUCCUCAUCGUCCCCAUGGUCAUCAUGUCGCUCGACCCGUCCCAGACGAAGAGCUUGAUCACGGUCUCCUUGGCCGUACUUCUUUUCAUCCUUCUCCUGUCGUUUGGGAUCCGCGUGUCGAAUGUCGAGACACUGGUUGCUACAGCUACAUAUGCCGCCGUGCUCGUCGUGUUUGUGGGGACCAGCAGCGGGAACACCGGUGGGCAAUGAGCUUGCCAGACACAGUUGUCUCCUUCAAUCUUCAAUCUAUGAUAGUUAUCUAGGAACGACUAUUGUCUGGCCGAUGCGGCUUGUGGAGCUGCGAACAACGACGGUAGGUGACCAGCUAAUGUUGCCGUAGGGGGUAGGGAAAAGGGAAACAAGCGCAGCUAAAAAAAAAAAAAAAAAAAAAAAAAAAAAAA